UUAUAUAAAGAAGAUGUAUGUAUGUAGUAGUUCCCCCCAUUACUACUACUACUACUAUUGAUUAAGAGAUUUGAUUUUAUUUGAUUUAAUUUGAUAUAUGAUGGAAGAACAUCUAACUCCAUUGGCGGUUACACAUCUUCUUCAACACACUCUUAGAAGCUUGUGCAUCCAUGACAAUUCUCAAUGGGUCUAUGCUGUUUUCUGGAGGAUCCUCCCCAGAAACUACCCUCCACCAAAGUGGGAGGGUCAAGGGGCUUAUGAUAGAUCAAGAGGAAACAGAAGGAACUGGAUAUUGGUGUGGGAAGAUGGAUUCUGCAACUUUGCAGCGUCAGCAGCAGCACCUGAAAUAAACUCUGGUGAUUGUCCUAAUAAUAAUAAUAAUAAUAAUAAUGGUUCUUCUUCUUCUUCUUCUGUUUAUGGUAACUGUGAGUUCCAACCCUACCAAGGCCUGCAACCAGAGCUGUUCUUCAAGAUGUCACAUGAGAUCUAUAACUAUGGUGAAGGGUUGAUAGGGAAAGUUGCUGCAGAUCACAGUCACAAAUGGAUAUACAAAGAGCCUAAUGAACAAGAAAUCAACUUCUUGUCAGCGUGGCAUAAUUCAGCUGAUUCACAUCCUAGGACUUGGGAAGCACAGUUCCAAUCUGGAAUAAAGACCAUAGCUCUGAUUGCUGUAAGAGAAGGUGUUGUUCAAUUGGGAGCAGUUCACAAGGUGAUUGAGGACUUGAGCUAUGUGGUUCUACUGAGGAAGAAAUUCAGCUACAUAGAAAGCAUACCAGGAGUUCUUCUACCACACCCUUCAUCUUCUGCAUACCCUUACAAAGUUGAAGGAGUAGUAGGAUAUGGUAACAUCCCAGAACAUGUUAAUCAUCAUCAUCAUCAUUGGCAUCAUCAUUUCCAAGGAACAGUUAUCCCUCCACCAACACCACCAACAACAGCUGAACUCUUCUAUGAUCAUCAUUUCAACAAUGGCAACAGCACCAUGGCAUUGAAGAUUACCCCAUCAAUGAGUAGCCUUGAGGCACUUCUCUCUAAGCUUCCUUCAGUGGUUCCCCCACAAUCACAACAAGAACAAAGGGCGUUGGAGUUGAUGGGGAUUCAGAAAGUUGUAGCAAAAGAGGAGCUUGAUAAUGAUGAAGUUUAUAGGCCUGAGCUUGAUGUUGGUGAGAGUAGCAGUUCCAUGCAUCAAGCCUAUCAUCAUCAUCAUCAACAACAACACCAUUUCCAUCAUCAUAAUAAUAACAAUAAUAAUAAUAAUAAUAAUAAUAAUAAUAAUAAUGUAACUAGUAGUGGAGCCAAUAAUAAUAAUAAUAAUGCAUUCUGAUAUAAUAUAUAUGGUGAUGAGUGUUAUUAGCUAGUGGAAUAUGAAAAAUACUAGUCCUAACCUAAAAUAUAAUGUAGUGAGAGUAUGAUAUAUGAUGAUGAGUUUUUAAUUAGCUCAAGUGUUACUAGGUUUUGUUAUUGUUGAUGA